AUGUCAGGUCCUGGUGUUGGUUUUGAGUAUCCGCCCGUCAAGGUAACGUGGCUACAGCGCGAUGUCCUCCUUUUCGCCAACACCAUCGGCGCUACAGUCGAUGAGCUGCACUUCCUCUACGAGUUUCAUCCGAAAUUCGCCGUUUUCCCUACCUACCCCGUCAUCCUUCCCUUCAAGAAGGAUUCCCAGGAAGUAGUCGAUUACUACAAGGAAAGCAAAGCGGUUCAGAUCCCCGGUGUCCCUAAACUCGACUACACACGUGUUGUCGACGGCCAGCGGAAGAUCCAAUUCCUCAAGCCCCUCCCAACCAGCUCUGCAGGCCGCAAUUUCGAAACCCGCCAGAAAGUCGUCGGUGUCUACGAUAAGGGUCGCCCAGGCACUGUCCUGGAGACGCAGAUGGACCUUGUUGAUGUAGAUUCUGGUGAGGUGCACGCCCGCGUUACGAGCAGCGGCUUCUUCAUCGGCCAAGGCAACUGGGGAGGCCCCAAGGGCCCGGCGACGGAGAACUACCCUCCGCCGAAGGACAAGGCGCCUGAUGCUACAAUCGAGGUGCAAACCACGGCCGAGACGGCGAUGUUGUACAGACUGAAUGGCGACUACAACCCGCUGCAUGCUGAUCCUGAGCCUGGGAAGAAAAUGGGCUUUGGAGGAACAAUCAUACAUGGGCUGUAUUCGUGGAAUUCUACAGCUCAUUCGCUCUUGAAAGAGCUGGGUGGCGGCGACCCUGCCAACAUCAAGGAGUAUCAAGCGAGGUUUGCCAGUCCUGUGAGACCGGGUGAUAAGCUGGUUACUCAUGCGUGGGUUAUGGGGACCAACCAGGAUGGCUGGUCCGAGGUGAGAUUUGUUACGCAAGUCGCCGGUGGUAAGGUCGUUUUGAGUAAUGGAUUGGCUUUGAUCAAGGUUACCGGUCAGGAUAAGAGUAAACUGUGA